AUGGCACGCAACAUCCUGGACAAGCUCGACGAACACCGGUUGCAAAAAAUGGGAGCGACCGUGAAAUUCUACCACGAAGACGACGACGGGAACAUCCGUCCCCGGAAAGCUUGGGUGUCGGUGGGCGCGGACCAAUACAACAACCACCUCGACAGCGGGGCACGCGUGGCUCUGGCUUUGACGGAACUGUGCUGCCAGCGGGCGAUGGGCAAGGUCUUCGUGUUCCAACUCCACCCCGGACGGGCCAAGACGAGGGGCGAACCCGAAAACUUCCACGCGUACAAAGCCUGGAAGGCGAUUCCGGAGUUGUUCUACCUCCCGCACGUGUGGACCGAGUCGGAGCGGACCGAGUGGGACCUCUUGACGCCCCGGGCGCGUCUACACCGCCUGCUCAGCGCGUACGGGUGGGUCGACGGGGCCAUCCCCAUUCUCCCAUUCGACGUGGAAGUCCAGGACGUCCGGUUGGAAAAGCCUCAGCUCGAUGGCCUCAGCGGAGCACCCGUCACGGUGUACCUCAGUCCAAAACCGUACGUCGGCCUCUCGCGGAAGAUGCACGAGCUCUGUGAGAGACAGUUCCGGCGCGAGGGGGGCAGGGACUGGCCGCAACGAGUGGUGUGGAAGGCCUCCAAGUCGGCAUGGGACGAUUUUGACCGCCUCUGGAGCGUCCAAGGGGGCCAGGGUAUUUUGGAGGCGCUGGACACGUUUUACAGGGAGGGGUCGCCCGACGGGGAGGAGUGUAUCACGACGUACGGCAUCCUGACUGAGAGGCUGUGCGCGGCGGCCCACGAGGCUGCGACCAAGCGAGGCGAGGCCGCGGGCGAGGCAGAGCAGGGACCCGUGGCGGUCUAG